AUGAAACUUUAUCCAUCUGAAAACUCAUUCCUCAAAUACUUUGAUAAUCAACAAGAUCUUAUUAAUAAUAAUAGAGAUGACAAGAUUAAUCUCAAUUUUUAUGGAUAUACAGAGAUUAUCAAAUAUCUAAUUCAUAACUAUCAUGAUAUGGUCAGAAUCGUGGAUCUUUCAACAGUAUCGAAACAAUUCCAUCAAAUAUGCUCAUCAAUCAUCUCAAACAAUAUCAUUCCAAAUAUAAUGAUAAAGAGUAGAAUUGAUUAUAUUGGAUCACAAUUCUGUUUAUUCAAGAAUGCACCUUUCCACCUCAGAAACACAGAGAUUAAUCACAUACCAAAAGAACACAAAAUCAACUGUUUCAACAAUCUUCAAUCUUUGACAAUAAUACUUAUCACCAAUCGGAGUUUAAAUAUCAAUUACUUUGAAUUUAAAGCUCCCAAUCUCAAAAAUAUCAAAAUCUUUUAUCUCCACAAAGGUUUUCUCAAACUCAAGCACAUCAAAAACAUUGAAGACUUGACCACUCUAGAUAAUCGAUUCUAUGAUUUCACUUGUGAAUAUUCUGAUAACAUAGAUGACAUAAACACUCAGUCUGGGCAAAGCGAUAAUAUGGGAUCCAAUGACGAAAUAGAUUUGGAGAAUCUUCUCAAACAUUUGGACAAUGAUGAUUUGGAAUCAAUCGAAUACAAUUCAACAUAUAGAGCCGACUUUUCAGAGGUAUUACAGUGUUUAAAUCAACUCAAGAAAAGAAAACCACAUCUCUCGAUCAAAGUAUCACAACGACAUCUAAAUCUCAGUAAACCACUUCAAGAUGAAUUUCAAUUGUUCGACACAUUGAUGGUCUCCUACAAUCAAUUGUUUUUUUCUUCGUCCAGCAUUUGGAAACAGAUACUGUUUUCAACUGUACACUAUCCUGAACAUAUUAAAUGUAUCCGUAUACUCUUUGACCAUAAAUAUUUACAUGCACCCAAGCAAGUAUUUUUAUACUGUGUGGACAAAUUGUUUUCAGAAUUUUCAUAUGGUAAAUUUAAAAAGAUCAACAUUAUUCAAUUUGUAUUUAAAAGUUUGAGUGGUGCACCCGAAGUAUUAAUACCAGUAAUCAAUGAAACAAAUCUACACUCCAUUGAAACACACCAAUUUGUACCAAUCGAUUCAAAUUAUUUAACAUUUAAAAGAAUACCAACUGACCCAAUAAAUGAUAGUAAUGAUGAAGAAGAGGAAGAAGAAGAAGAUCAUAAAGAAGGUGAAGAUUAUGAAGAUCAUGAAGAAUAA